UCGGCGCGUCCCGCGGGGUCUCCCGCCCCGAGGUGCACGGGCGGAGGACGCAUCUCCAGGACUCUGGUCCCCCGAAGGACCCACAAUGUCCUGUUGAGCCAGCCCAGCAGCUGAGUGGAGCCAAGCACAGAACAUCCAUGGAGGGGCCCCUGGCAGGUGGCCUGGCUGCCCCAGAUCGUCCUCGAGGCCCAGAGAGACUUCCCGGCCCAGCACCAAGAGAGGACAUCGAGGGUGGGGCCGAGGCUGCCGAGGGGGAAGGUAGCAUCUUCCGGUCCACCCGUUACUUGCCUGUCACCAAGGAGGGCCCCCGAGACAUUCUGGAUGGCAGAGGUGGCAUUUCUGACGGGCAGCCCCAUCCCGGCCUCAGCGAAGCCCUCCCCCGUGCCACCUCCGCCACCCAUCGGAUCAGCAGCUGCUGCUGGGAUGGAGGCAGCCUGGAUUUCCGGCCAGGCUCCCCACCACCCCAUCUCCUGGGCCACUUCCCUGGCCCCCCUGAUGGCCAGGGGCUGUGGGAGCACCCCAUAGUCCAGGAGGCCAGGGAGGGCAUCCUAUCUGAGCCAAGGUUCAAGGACUCAGUCAUUGUGAGAGCCAUGAAACCCCAUGCUGAGCUUGAGGGCUCUAGAAGGUUCCUGCACCACCAGGGUGAACCCAAGCUCUUGGAGAAGGCCCCCCGGGGCCGCCGCAGGUUCGCCUGGCUCGGAGAUGAGGAUGAGCAGGUCCCCCCCCAGGACACAGGGCUGCACAUGGACCUGCCUCCGCCCUCCUUCAGGAGGGUGUUCUUGCCGGUGGAAGACCCCCCUAAGACAUUGGACAUGGCAGUAAUGGAUGCCCGGGAGGACCCAGAGGACCUCGAGGGGCUGGCCCAGCCAUCUGAGUGGGUCCUGCCCAUGUCAGCCUCAGAAGUGGCCACGCAGACCUGGACAGUGAACUCAGAGGCGUCUGUGGAGCGGCUGCAGCCACUUCUGUCCCCCAUCCGGACCAGGCCCUACCUGUGUGAGCUGCUGGAUGAGGUGGCUGAAGGGGUGGCCAGCCCGGACGAGGACGAGGACGAAGAGCCGGCCGUGUUCCCGUGCAUCGAGUGCAGCAUCUACUUCAAGCAGAAAGAGCACCUCCUGGAGCACAUGAGCCAGCACCGCCGAGCCCCAGGCCAGGAGCCACCCGCUGACUUGGCCCCACUGGCCUGCAGCGAGUGUGGCUGGGCCUUCGCUGACCCUGCUGCCCUCGAGCAGCACCGGCAGCUGCACCAGGCCUCCAGGAAGAAGAUCAUUGAGGAGAUUCAGAAGCUGAAGCAAGUUCCAGGUGACGAGGGCCGGGAGGCACGGCUGCAGUGCCCUGAGUGUGUCUUUGGCACCAAUUCCUCCCGAGCCUUCAUGCAGCAUGCCAAGCUGCAUGUGCGUGAGCCACUGGGCCAGCCAGUCAAGGAGCCUUUUGGGGGCGGCAGUGGGGCUGGCAGCCCAGGCCCUGAUGCCAGCACCCUCAUCUAUCAGCCCUACGGAGCCGCCUCGGGCCUCAGUGCCUGCCUCUUCUGUGGCUUCCCCGCACCCAGCGAGAGCCUGCUCAGGGAGCACGUGAGACUUGUGCAUGCCCAUCCCCACUGGGAGGAAGAUGGUGAGGCUUUCGAGGAAGACCCAGCCAGCCAGCCGGGCACCAGCCAGGAUGCCUACGCCUGCUUCCCUGACACCGCUGUGGAUUACUUUGGCAAAGCUGAGCCACUCUUGGCCCCCACGUGGCAGGAGAACCCUGCUGGAUACAACCCUGGCCUAGCCUUUGGCCCAGGCUGCCAGCAGCUGGGCAUGAGGGAUUUCCCCCCAUCAAAGCCACUCCCGCAUGGCUCGGGCCAGAGGCCUCUCGGAAGGCUGGCCUUUCCCUCACCACUAGCCUCCGCCCCGUACUCCUUACAGCUCAGCAGAAACAAAAGCAUCGUCCACCCGCAGGCCCUGGGGGACCAGAGGCGCCCUUGGAGCGAAGAGGAGGACGAUGACAAUGACGUGGAUGUAGCACUGACCUCUGAAAUGGAUUUUUCCCCUGAAAAUGGGAUCUUUCCACUCCCAGCUGCCCCCAGCCUCAUCCCACAGCCGGCCCUAGAGCUGAAGCGGACUUUUCGAGAAGCCCUGCAGGCCACCAAGGCCUCACAGGCACAGCAGCAGCAGCUCCAAGGGAUGGUGCCCAUAGUGCUGGUGGCGAAACUUGGGCCACAGGUCAUGGCAGCGGCGGCCAGGGUACCCCCGAGGCUGCAGCCGGAGGAGCUGGGGCUGGGGGGUGCCCACCCCCUGGACUUCCUGCUCCUGGACACACUCCUGGAUGGGGACCCGGCCAUGGCACUGAAGCACGAGGAGCGGAAAUGCCCCUACUGCCCAGAUCGCUUCCACAAUGGUAUCGGCUUGGCCAACCACGUGCGGGGCCACCUGAACCGUGUGGGCGUCAGCUACAAUGUGCGGCAUUUCAUCUCUGCUGAGGAGGUGAAGGCCAUCGAGCGCAGGUUCUCCUUCCAGAAGAAGAAGAAAAAAGUGGCGAACUUCGACCCAGGCACCUUCAGCCUGAUGCGCUGUGACUUCUGCGGGGCCGGCUUCGACACACGGGCCGGCCUCUCCAGCCACGCCCGGGCCCACUUGCGUGACUUCGGCAUCACCAACUGGGAGCUCACGGUCUCACCCAUCAACAUCCUGCAGGAGCUGCUGGCCACCUCAGCCGCUGAACGGCCCCCCAGCCCCCUGGGCCGCGAGCCUGGGGGGCCACCUGGCAGCUUCCUGACCUCCCGCCGGCCCCGCUUACCUCUCACAGUGCCCUUCCCACCCACCUGGGCUGAGGACCCUGGGCCGGCCUACGGAGAUGGCCUGGGUUCUGAGGAAAACAUAGUGGUGGCCAUGGACUUGGGCUCCCCCCCACUCCCUAAGAAGAGCCUGCCUGUGUCUGGGGCCCUGGAGCAGGUGGCCAGUCGGCUGAGCAGCAAAGUAGCUGCAGAGGUUCCUCAUGGCAGCAAACAGGAGCUGCCGGACCUCAAGGCCCAGAGCCUGACCACCUGCGAGGUCUGCGGUGCCUGCUUUGAAACCCGCAAGGGCCUGUCAAGCCACGCGCGCUCCCACCUGCGGCAGCUGGGGGUGGCGGAGUCGGAGAGCAGCGGCGCGCCCAUCGACCUCUUGUACGAGCUCGUGAAGCAGAAGGGCCUGCCUGAUGCCCCCCUUGGGCUGCCCCCAGGCCUGGCUAAGAAGUCCAGCUCGCUGAAGGAGGUGGUUGCUGGGGCCCCCCGGCCCAGCCUGCUCACCCUGGCCAAGCCCCUGGAUGCCCCUGCUGUCAACAAAGCCAUCAAGUCGCCCCCCAGCUUCUCGGCCAAGGGCCUGGCCCACCCACCCAGCUCUCCACUCCUCAAGAAGGCACCGCUGGCCCUGGGGGGCUCCCCUACCCCCAAGAAUCCUGAGGACAAGAGCCCCCAGCUGUCCCUGAGCCCCCGGCCAGCCUCCCCAAAGGCACAGUGGCCUCAGUCUGAGGAUGAGGGGCCCCUGAACCUCACUUUAGAUAGUGACGGGGGCAGAGAGCUGGACUGCCAGCUGUGUGGUGCCUGGUUUGAGACCCGCAAGGGCCUGUCCAGCCAUGCGCGCGCCCACCUGCGCCACCUGGGCGUCAGCGACCCGGACGCCAAGGGAUCCCCCAUAGACGUGCUCCACGGGCUCAUCAGGAGGGACGGCGUCCAGAUCCGCCUCCCACCCGAGCGCAGCGCCCUGGCCCAGCUGGGGCGGCCUCCUCCCGCCUCUGCGGCCCUCUCCUUGCUCCCCCCCCCACCGCCGGCCAAGAAGGCCAAGCUGAAGGCCGCGGGUACGGCCAGCCCCUGGGGGAAGCAGGACCUCUCGGCCGCCGCAGCCGCCGGCAUUUUCUGGGCCUCUGAUGUGGAGCCGUCUCCUCUCAACCUCUCCUCAGGCCCAGAGCCAGCGCGAGACAUCCGCUGUGAGUUCUGCGGUGAGUUCUUCGAGAACCGCAAAGGCCUGUCCAGCCAUGCACGCUCCCACUUGCGGCAAAUGGGUGUGACCGAGUGGUACGUCAAUGGCUCACCCAUUGACACGCUUCGGGAGAUCCUGAAGAGACGGACCCAGUCUCGGCCAGGUGGACCCCCCAACCCACCAGGGCCUAGCCCAAAAGCCCUGGCCAAGGUGGUGGGCAGCGGAGGUCCUGGCAGCUCACUGGAAGCCCGCAGCCCCUCGGACCUUCACAUCUCACCCCUGACCAAGAAGUUGCCACUGCCACCAGGCAGCCCCCUGGGCCACUCACCAACUGCCUCUCCUCCCACGGCCCGGAAGAUGUUCUCGGCCCUGGCUGCACCCUCCCUGCCCAAGAAGCUGAAGCCUGAACAAAUGCGGGUGGAGAUCAAGAGGGAGAUGCUGCCGGGGGCCCUUCAUGGGGAGCCACACCCAUCUGAGGGUCCCUGGGGGGCACCGCGGGAAGACAUGACACCCCUGAACCUGUCGUCCCGGGCAGAGCCGGUGCGCGACAUCCGCUGUGAGUUCUGCGGUGAGUUCUUUGAGAACCGCAAGGGCCUCUCCAGCCAUGCACGUUCCCACCUGCGGCAGAUGGGCGUGACCGAGUGGUCCGUCAACGGCUCACCCAUUGACACACUGCGGGAGAUCCUCAAGAAGAAGUCCAAGCCGUGUCUCAUCAAGAAGGAGCCUCCGGCCGGAGACCUGGCCCCCGCCUUGGCCGAGGAUGGGCCCCCCACAAUGGCCCCUGGGCCUGUGCAGUCCCCACUGCCGCUGUCACCCCUGGCUGGCCGGCCAGGCAAACCAGGAGCUGGGCCGGCCCAGGUACCGCGAGAGCUCAGCCUGACGCCCAUCACUGGAGCCAAGCCCUCGACCACUAGCUACCUGGGCUCAGUGGCAGCCAAGCGGCCCCUACAGGAGGACCGCCUCCUUCCAGCAGAGGUUAAGGCCAAGACCUACAUCCAGACUGAACUGCCCUUCAAGGCAAAGACCCUCCAUGAAAAGACAUCCCACUCCUCUACUGAGGCCUGUUGUGAGCUAUGUGGCCUUUACUUUGAAAACCGCAAGGCCCUGGCCAGCCACGCACGGGCACACCUGCGGCAGUUUGGCGUGACAGAGUGGUGUGUGAAUGGCUCACCCAUCGAGACGCUGAGUGAGUGGAUAAAGCACCGGCCCCAGAAGGUGGGCGCCUACCGCAGCUACAUUCAGGGCGGCCGCCCUUUCACCAAGAAGUUCCGCAGUGCUGGCCAUGGCCGCGACAGUGACAAGCGGCCGCCCCUGGGGCUGGCACCUGGGGGCCUGGCUGUGGUUGGCCGCAGUGCUGGGGGGGAACCAGGGCCUGAGGCCAGCCGGGCAGCUGACAGUGGGGAGCGGCCUCUGGCAGCCAGCCCACCAGGCACUGUGAAGGCCGAGGAGCACCAGCGGCAGAACAUCAACAAAUUUGAACGCCGACAAGCCCGCCCUCCUGAUGCCUCUGCAGCCCGGGGAGGCGAGGAGGCCAAUGACCUGCAGCAGAAGCUGGAAGAGGUGCGGCAACCCCCACCGCGGGUCCGGCCAGUCCCCUCCCUUGUGCCUCGGCCCCCCCAGACGUCACUUGUCAAGUUCGUUGGUAACAUCUACACCCUGAAAUGCAGGUUCUGUGAGGUGGAAUUCCAGGGCCCCCUCUCCAUCCAGGAAGAGUGGGUGCGGCACUUACAGCGACACAUUCUGGAGAUGAAUUUCUCCAAAGCAGACCCCCCGACUGAGGAGCCCCAAGCCCCACAGGCACAGACAGCAGCGGCGGCAGAGGCUCUCUAACACAGAAGCAUUCCAGAUCCCCCUUUGUGCCACCUCUGUCUCCUCCUCUUCCUCCUCUGUGUCCUCUUCCCUCUCCCUCUUUCUUUUCCGUUUCCAAAGGAGCAAGCCAAAACCUCAAACCGGCACCCCUUGGGGGCCGGGCACACUACAGCCGGGGCGCCGGGAGCCAGCUAGCCGCCCUUUCCCCAGCUGAGGACUCUGGGGCCAUAGGGUGUCUUCCUUCAGCCCAUGCCUACCUGGUCCAGCAGGGCCAGCAGCCAGGUCUCUGGUCUCUGGUCAUGAUCUGGUCACAGGGGAGAACAGAACUCCCCCAACUCUAGCAGCCAGGCAGGGCUAUGUCUGCCAUCCAUGGCCAUUUGCAAAGACCCCAAAGACCCCUUUUCUGGUUCCCUCUUGCCUCCAUGAAUAUCCUCUCACACGCACGUACACGUGAACACACACACGCACCUCGUGAGACCCGGGGUCUGUCCCAGCCCCCCAGUUCCCGAGUCGAACGACCACUUCAUGCCACGGUGCUUGCUCAGGGGAGCCAUGCUCCCUCUGCGGCCCGCAGGGGCCUGGGAGCCCCCACUGAGCCCACAACGCCACGGACAUCCUUGUUGGCUGCCCCCCAGAGGGGCCUUCCCAGCUGGGAAGAGCUCAGAGCUGACAGCUGCCUCCUGCCAUGUCAAGGUCCCCCAGAGCUUCGGGGGCUCCGGGGCCUGGGAGGGCGGGGUUGCGGGUGGGAGUCUCCUCCCCCACUCCUCCCCCCUCCCCCUUUUCACUGUUGCUUUCUAUGUAUAGCUCCCUAGACCUUUCACUUUUUUAAAAACGCGUUUUGUGUAGAGAAUAAGGAACAUGGAUCUUUUUAUUUUGCAAUUCUGGGCCAGCUAGAAACUGGGAGCUGAUUGACCUUUUAACUUUUUUCAGUGGCCACAUUUUGGUUAUUGAUGUACCUAGAAGUAUGUAAAUUAGAUUAAAUUUCUUUUCUGGAAACACCCCGGGGCAGGCGGCCAGCGUGUGUUUUUCUGUCGAGUGGACAGGCUGGCAUUGGCUGGCAGCCGGGGCUGGGAUCAGGGCCUCCUCCACCUGGAGGCCCUGGGUUUUCCCGUUGGCUGCCACGCCAACUAAAUGCAGCUGGGGAUGGGCCCAAGUUCCCAGCUGUUGUCCCUCAGUGCCAUGGCUGGUGGGGGUCUCUGGCUGACUGGCGAAGUUGCUCCUGUGAGCAGAGCAACCAGGGCUCUGGGCCGCUGGUCUGGGAAGGGAGCCAGGAUCGAGAAGCAAUUGAGGAUAGAAAGGCUUUCCAAGAGCAGGAGCUGUCCAG